CUGAAUGCUCUCCCCCAUCAAUCUUCACAUAAGGUCACUUCCCUCUUAGGUCAGUGCCUUGAAAAGCCACACUCGCGCGCCCGACGGGGAGGAUUCGUCUAGGGAACCGGUUUAGGAAAACAAGCGAGAAAGCAUUUUGGCUAAAUUCCUAGCCUUCCCGGCGGCUGAUCUUAGCGACAAACCGUGAGGAGUAUGGAGAGAGAGCUGGUUGAAUUGUUCGAAGCUGCGAAGAAAGCUGCAGGCGCUGCGGCCUCCGCUGACGGAGGAGCCGAGGAAAUCCGAUGCCUUGAUGCCUUACACCAGCUCAAGAAUUUUCCUGUCACUUAUCAUCUUCUUGUCUCCACUCAGGUCGGGAAGCAUCUUCGACAUCUCACAAGGCAUCCUAGGAAGAAAAUCCAAUCAUUUGCUUCUGACCUGAUUGAGAUAUGGAAAGACAUAGUUAUAAAGGAGACAAACAAAAAUAGAAGAAAUGAAAGCUCUGAUGACAAGGAUUCUGUAAAAGUUGAGAUGGUAAAUCCGGAGACUGCCAAGGCUGAGAAGGAUAUGAAGACAUCUGUGAGGUUUUCAAAGGCUGAAAGUAUCAAGGUUGUGAAAACUGAACGCAAUGGUAUGCCGAGCUUGGAGAAAGUUUCAAGGACAGAUGCUGUCAAGACAGGGAGAAAGGUUCGAAGUGUUGAUGUUGGCAAGAUUGAGAAAACCGAUUUAGCUGAAAACGAUAAGCUUGAAAAGAUAAUCAAAGAAGAGAAGCGAGCUUCUGGAGUGAAGAAACCAUUAGUAUGUCCCGGUCCACCAAAGCUUAUGUCAAUGAUCAAAUCUAAUGAUGCCAUGCGGGACAAAGUACGAGAGCUUCUUCACGAAGCUUUGUCUAGAGUUUCUAACGAGGCUAAUGAGGACAUUCAGGAUGAAGUGAAUGCAUGCGACCCAAUUCGAGUAGCUGUUUCAGUAGAGUCCAUUCUGUUUGAUAAUUGGGGCAGUUCUCAAGGGGCUCAAAAGGCCAAGUAUAGAUCAUUAAUGUUUAACCUUAAGGACGCCAAAAACCCAGACUUUCGGAGAAGGGUACUUCUUGGACAUGUCAAACCAGAGUGGCUCGUCAACAUGAGCACAGCAGAAAUGGCAAGUGACAAGAGGCAAAAUGAGAAUCGAUUGAUUGAAGAGAGAGCUUUAUUUGACUGUGAGCGUGGAGCACCACCCAAAGAGACAACUGAUCAAUUCAGGUGCGGUCGAUGUGGGCAACGCAAAUGCACCUACUACCAAAUGCAGACGCGCAGUGCGGAUGAGCCAAUGACAACGUACGUAACAUGUGUAAAUUGCAAUAACCAUUGGAAAUUCUGUUAGUGUUAUUGUCUCUUGCCAGAUACUAGCCAUUUUUUUUUAUUGAUUAUCAUCAUGAUGAGAUAAUCCAUGAAGCCGCUUGGGUGAUUGCUACUCGAAGCUUUAUUACCACUUUGGGGUAAAUUGUCUGUUU